AUGGCUUUUCACAUAUUAGCAGUCACCGUGGCGUCUCAUCAGUCUCCCGUCGAGGAGGAGGAACCAGAGUACCUACCCUACCCAGUAAUCAAGCUCAUCGUCGCGCAGUACUGGCACUGCUCGCGCGACCCGCCGUUUUGGGGCUACCUCAUCGUCGGCACUUUUUACGACCAGCACAACAACAUUGUCUGGAGCACCGAGAUCUUUGCCUUUCAGCGUGACACUCGCGGUGAUCGCAGACACGACGACAACGACGACGACGACGACGAGGGGCAGUUUGUCGAGCAGUCGGAUUCGGGUGAGUCACUGUGUACUGUCUUCAUGCGUGGCGGUUAUUCACUGCCAGUCAACCCAUGA